CACCUAAUCAAAGAAUUUCAUUGAGAAAUACAAAAGCACAAAAACUUUCUAAUGGAACUAGUUUCAACUCUGCAUUGAGUGAAGCUGACAAAAUCACAGAAAGAUUGGCUGUUGCUAUGGAUAGGUUUUUAAAGUUAAUAUUUAAUUAA